GUCCGUCCACUCAUGUUAUCAGUCUUCUUUAGACACUCUAUUCCCCCCUCUCCCUGUCUUUCUCUCCCAGACUCAUAGUAGCCAGUCAGGAACAGAGGCAGCAUGGCCGACAGGAACACAGGACGCUCCAGCGUCAAGAAGAAGGAGAAGACGACCAGCAAACCGCUAGAAGAGAAGGAGAAAGACAAGACCAAGGAGAAGGCUGUGAAGAAGUCACAGGAGAAACCGGCCAAGAAGACUGAGAAGAGCCCCAAACAGCCGGCCAAGGUGGAGGAAGGAGGGCUGGAGGAGAAGGAGAAGGAGAAGGCUGGAGAUGGAGAGGCAGUGGGGGGAGCUGAGGCCAAAGACCCAGGAGACAAUGGCGACUUCCAGCCCAUUGAGCUGCCGCCGUUUGAGAUCGUCACCGGGCAACAGAUGAGCCCGUUCUACUUCAGGUUCCAGUUCAGGAAUGUGGAGUACUCGUCGGGCCGGAACAAGACCCUGCUGUGUUUCCGGGUGGACGUGCCGGGGGCCGACGCGGACCCCCUCAUGGGCUACAUGGAGGACGAGCACGCCACCGCGCACGCCGAGGAAGCCUUCUUCGAUCAGGUGCUCCCUAAAAAUAACGCCUCACAGGGCUACGACAUCACGUGGUACGUGUCGUCCAGCCCGUGCACGGCCUGCGUCGCCAAGGUGACGAGCGUGCUGCGCCAGCGGCAGACGGUGCGCCUCACCCUCCUAUGCUCCCGCCUCUUCCAGUGGGAGGAGCCCGAGACCUGCGAGGGCCUGAAGGCUCUGGCCGGCGCCGGCUGCAAGCUGAGGAUGAUGAAGCCCGCCGACUUCCAGCACGUGUGGGAGACGUACGUGGAGAGGGAGGAGGAGAGCUUCGCGCCGUGGGAGGACUGCCAGGACAACUACAACUACUACACUGAGAGGCUGGCCGGGAUCCUCAAGUAGGCGUCGCCCACGCCAGCGAGCGUGGCAUCCCGUGUAUAUAGUAGACCGCCGCCACGACCUCGGGCCGGAGGUUAAUAAAUGCUCCCGGUGGAACGGUUUGAUACUU